UUUUUUCUCUCACAGAAGCAAAAGAGCACACACGUAACGUGUGUGAAUUAAAAAAUAGAAAGACGAACUGUAGAAAAAAUAAUAAUAAUAUCUGUUCACAUGGGAAGCGACUCAGCGAGUGACAGGUUAUUAUUGACGCCUAUUUUGUCCCGAGGCAUUUGAACGCAUCAGCCAACCCGGCGUUGUUUUGUUUGAGAGAGCCAACAUGGCGGCUGGUGGCGAGUCGCUGGAGUCUUGGCUAAACAAAGCCACCGCUCCUUCCAACCGACAAGAAGAGUGGGAGUAUGUUAUGGCAUUCUGUGACCAAAUCAACAAGGAGCUUGAGGGACCCCAAAUAUCCGUACGACUGUUGGUACACAAGAUCCAUUCACCGCAGGAAUGGGAGGCACUGCAAGCCUUGACGGUUCUUGAGACCUGUAUGAAGAACUGUGGCCAAAGGUUUCAGAAUGAAGUGGGAAGAUUCCGUUUUUUAAAUGAACUUAUUAAAGUCAUAUCCCCCAAAUAUCUAGGAGACACGGUGUCUGAGAAGGUGAAGUCAAAAGUAAUAAAGAUGAUAUACAGCUGGACCAUUUAUCUUCCUGAGGAAACCAAAAUUUGUGAGGCUUACCAGAUGCUGAAGACUCAGGGUAUUGUAUUAGCUGACCCUGAGAUCCCUUCCGAUGCUACAUUAGUCCCAUCUUCAUCUGAGAGGCCCAAGAAUCCAGUGUUUAAUGAUGAGCAGAAAAGUAGAAAGUUAGCAGAGCUGCUUAAAAGCAAAAAGCGUUCUGAUCUGCAGGAGGCCAAUCAACUCAUCAAGAACAUGGUUAAAGAGGAUGAAGUGAGGUCACAGAAAGUGUCCAAGCAGAGUAGCACACUGGAGGCAGUCAACAACCGUGUCAAACUCCUUAAUGAGAUGCUUACUUACUUUAGUCCUGAAGCCUCUGCUGAUGUUGACAAGGACCUCAUUAGGGAGUUGUACAGUGACUGUGACAAGCUGAGACAAACAGUGUGUCAGCUAGCUACAGAGACAGAUGAUGGUGACACUUAUUUGGGAGACAUCCUGCAGGCCAAUGAUGACCUCUCCAAUGUUCUUAAUUCUUAUAAGAAGAUAAUGGAAGGCCCUACUAGCAAUGGAGAGACUAAAACUCUAUCAGGCACCAGCUUCACGGCUCAGUCUGAGAGUCUGAUUGAUUUGAUGGAUGUGGACGACACCAUUUUUUCCCAACUAGGAAAGCCACCUUUUGCAUCAUCUGUAUCUUCUCACGUUGACCUUCUGUGUGGACCCACUGAGGCUGAAGGAGAGUCAGGCACAGCCUCUGCGUCAUUCUCUAUGCUAGAUGAAGAGCUGCUGUCCUUAGGUCCUGCAUUCUGUGCGAUUCCUCCCUCUGUCUUCGGCUCGGUGUUCCCCAGUGCUCCGCCGGCACCUUUCACGCUCCAGCAACCACCAGAUGGCCCAGUCUCAAGCUCAACAGUGCCAGCGUACAGCACAGGGCAGUCGCCUCCGACAACCAUCCAUGUCACCGCGUCACAGGUCUCCUCUGCAGCACAACCGUCCCAGUCUGAACACGUCUCUACGGGUGACAGUCUACAAGAUGUGGCCCUGCUUGAUUUCAGCAGUCCUAAAAGUUUACCCGAGGCGCACUUUGACAACACGCAAGCCAAGCGUGAUGAUCCGCGUUCUCCUGCCAACCCCAUGUGCCAAAGCGGGGUGCCAGUGGCGACCAACUGCCCGCCAGCCAGAUGCCAUGCCGACAAUGCUCUGUUACACUCCCACAACCCCAUCGUCACAAAAAACCACACUAAUUCAGCCGGGGGAGAGGAGACGUCCUUUGCUAAUGUUUUUGUACCAUUGGAGGCUGUCAGACCAAGUAAGCUGUGUCCCAUCACAGCGUAUGACGAGAGCGGCGUUCGUGUGCUGCUACAUUUUGCUAGCGACUGUCCCCCUGGCUGCCCUGAUGUUUUGGUGAUUGUUGCGUCCGUGCUAAAUACAUCUCCUCUCCCUGUCUGCGACUUUGUACUGCAGGCUGCAGUUCCCAAGACAAUGAAAGUGAGAUUGCAGCCACCCUCGGGUACACAGCUGGCUUCCUUCAACCCCAUCGCACCUCCUGCUACCAUCAGUCAAGUCAUGCUGCUUUCCAAUCCACACAAGGAAAAAGUUCGCAUGAGGUUCAAGUUGACAUUCACGCUAGGACAGCAGCACUACGCAGACGUCGGCGAAGUUAAUGACUUUCCACCUCCUGACAGAUGGGGUGCUCUGUAGCCCCACCCAUCUCCUUUCCCUUUGAAAUGAUUGUAUUUAUCUGGGCAAUGAGAAAGAAACGGCAUCUAGGAUUAUGUCUGUUAUUUAUUUAUUUUCAACUUUUGUACCCUUAUUUAGUGAGAAGGUACGCUUGAAUAGUCCCAGUCUUGCGGUUUAACGUUCAAUACGUAAGCCACGGCUUUAGUACGAAUCAAAAAAAGAUUUCUUCUAUACUGUUUGUAUUAGGUUAAGUUCAAAUUAAGUAUUGUUUUUACACUUUGGAACAGGAAUAUUCCAACUAAAUUGUUUUAGCUGCCAUGUUUCCAGAAAGCUAUGGACCUACUUCUCCCGUUCACUAUAACCAUAUGUUUUUCUGUGAAACCAGUGUCCUCUACAGUAGACAUUUGAUUUUGGCCUUUUUAUUCUAUCAGAGUUACAGGAGCCCUCUGCUAUUUGUUAAGAAUCUGCUGCAAAAAAUGUCAGUCUCUCACAAGUCUUUUUGAACCAAACUCGUGUAUAAUAGCCCAAAUGAUGAAAAAGAGAAGACCUCAAAUUAAACCUUGGGGAAGACCACAAGUAUAACUAAAGAAGUCGAUCAAUGACUACUCACUGCAUCUAAAGUAAACAAGCUACUGCAACAUAAACCACAUUACGAAGAAAAAAAUUGUAAAUGCCAAAAAAGGGGAGGAUUUAAAGGGGUGCAUUGAGGACUGCCUCAGUUAUGUAAAUCACAAGUUAGGACCCCAGUGUUCUAUGUUUGCAUGCAUGGUUGAAAUGACAAGCAUCUGCUAAUGUGUUAACAGUGGUCUAAGUUCCUCUAUACAACAAGGGCACUACUGUUUUUAAGAAUUUUCUGCAAAAAUGUUUGUCUCACAAGUUUUGAACUCAACCAGGUAACUUUUCCCCCACUUUAGCCAUUUGAACAGCCCUGCUUUAGAAGGUCUGGCCAUGUUGUCAAAAUUCAGAAAUAUUGAUUGUAAUUCUAAAGUUGGAUUUACAUGGAUCUCAAUUGAAUAUAUAUAUAUAUUUUGACUUUAAUACAAGAGACUAUUUUGUUUAGAUUUUAAGAUUCUGUUCACUCCUUCCAGACGAUUGUUGUAUUUAAUUAUUUAUUUACUAUCACACUAUUUAUUGUUUUUGAUGGGUGGAAGGGUUACAACAUUUUAACUUAUGGAUGUGCUGUUACAUGAGCAAUUAUUCAGGCUCCUAAAGGGGAACUGCACUUUUUUUAGAAUUUUGCCUAUCGUUCACAAUCUUUAUUAAACAAAAGUACACGUCUUUUUUUUUUUUUUAAUUAGGAUUUUAAAGAUGAUAAAAAAACGCUUGGAAGAUGCGGCUAAUGGGAGUCACCGUUGUAGCUGUUAAAGCCCUUUAUUGAUGUUUUCUAAACACACUGCAAGUCUAUACAUAAUAGUAACACGUUCAAUAUUUCAAUAUUUACCGUAUUUUGAUCAUUUGAAUCAUUUCCGGAACUGACUUCUUGGGAGCAUAGGUUUUCGUUUCCAUAGCAGCGCACGUCUGACUUCUGGCAACAACUGUGUCCUCCUUCCGGAUACAAACGCUAGUUUGUGUUCUAAUCAUGGCAGAAAACAACUAUUUUUGGACAAAUGAGGAUUCACAACCUUAUCUUUUUUCACCUGAAUAAACAAAAGAUGAACUACUAUUUCUACAAGCCAGCACGAAGAAGAGGGUGAAACGUUGUAGCAGACAGAAGCCGAGAGAGUGAGCUGAAAGCGAUACGAAGCUGAAAAUGUGGAAUUUGAAGCCAAGCUAUUUGGACAUAAAUGGAGUGCUUACCCAAACAGACAGGAAAAAAUGUCCCUGACAAGCUGGAUCAGACAGACAACUGUCCAUCGAGUGAGUCACACUAUAAUAUUGAUCAUGAUGUACGCAGCAGGUCAUGCGUGUUAUUACAACUACAGUACAUAGGUCUGUCUGGCUAGCUGUGUACAUACAAAACAUGAAAUGUGGGCCAAUACGUUACAGAUACUGUAAUAUGAUUGUUUGUUUUUCAGUCAGUACAGAUGUGCAUUACAAACUCAAACGUGUUUUGUCUUGCCGUAGUUAGCUUUUACGGCUAAUACCAAAGUUUGUUUUUACAAUAACAAUGUCGCUACAGCUUGGUUGUUAUACAGUUACGGAACGUAAAUUAAGUAUUGGUGACAGUUUCUGAAUGCAUUUUUAAAGGGAUUUAGAGAUCGAAUGGAUUGCUCCCAUUAGCUGCAUUGCUAGCUACCUACAAUUGGGGGUUAAAUCACCAAAAAUGAUUCCCGGGCGCGGCCACCGCUUCUGCCCACUGCUCCCCUCACCUCAGGGUGAUGGGUCAAAUGCAGAGAAGAAUUUUGCCACACUUAGUGACUUCUUAACUUAACAAUGAGCCGAUUUUUAUACGUUAGAAUGCAACAACAACAAAAAUCUGUUUUCUUGUCUCUCAUAAUGAUUGUAAUCGAUAGGCAAAAUUCCAAAAACAAGUGCAGUUCACCUUUUAAGGUAAGGAAAUUAUUUUCUGUCAUGUCCUGCCUAGUGGACAGACAUUUUUCACUCUUGCCCUGAAUUGAAAUUGACGUAAUAGUCAAUAAGCUCCUUUUUUUUUUUUGUAUCUUGUUGGCGGUUAGACCGGCUCGUACAUGCACACGCAUCCUCCGCCGUUGCCAUUUCUAAUUUAAAAAAAAUAGCAUAUAGUUCCAACUUAUAUCUGUCAGUAGCUCCGCUAUGGAAACGCUAAAAACUACAACAUGGAUGAUGGGGAGAAGACGCUAGGGGUGUGAAUUUUUGGGCACCUGGCGAGUCGAUCUGAUUCCUGGGCUGACAAUUCGAUUCAGAAUCAAUUCUCGAUGCAACAUGAUUCUCGCAGUGUAUUAUUUGGUAUAAUUAUAAUUAAACUUUUUUCAAAACAGGUUGCAUGUUAAAAAAAAGCUCCUUCUGGUUGCACAGAGAUGAAAAGUGACUAUUAUUUGUAUUUAUUUUUUAAUUAUGAAUCGAGAUGAAUAAGAAUCGGAUGUGAAUUAAUUUUAUGUGCACCCCUAGAAGAGGCUGUCAAAGUGGAGGCACGUAAAUAAAAGCACCCACAAAACCAGAAAGUGGCUUGAAAACGGUCUGUAAAAGUUAAAGUGCCAAUGAUUGUCACACACACACACGAAGUGUGGCGAAAUUAUUCUCUGCAUUUGACCCAUAACCCUUGAUCACCCCCUGGGAGGUGAGGGGAGCAGUGGGCAGCAGCGGUGGCCGUGCCCGGGAAUCAUUUUGGUGAUUUAACCCCCAAUUCCAACCCUUGAUGCUGAGUGCCAAGCAGGGAGGUAAUGAGUCCCAUUUUUAUAGUCUUUGGUAUGACUUGGCCAAGGUUUGAACUCACAACCUACCGAUCUCAGGGCGGACAACAUGAUCUUUGCAACAUUUUGACCAAAGAACCACCAUUACAUGAAAGUGUUUUAAAUAUGACCUCUUCGAGCUAGUUGUUGACAACCAAAAAGAGAUUAUUCUACUUGAUAACUGCUUUAUUUAAGGUAAUGAUAGGUAUGUAUAAUGAUUGUUUUUGCCUCUAUAUUGUUUCCCAUAUGAAGGAAACAUUUGUUGACGAAUUGAAUGUAUAUGUUUGGUAGUGAAAUCAUCACGCCGGUGGAAAAAAAAAAAAAUUAAAAAAAAGCUUUUGUCUUUUUGUGAAGAUGUUCUACAUCAGGGGUGUCCAACUCAUUUUAGAUCAGAGGCCACAUGAGAAAAAUCUACUCCCAAGUGAGCCGGACUGGUAAAAUCACGGCACGAUAACUUAAAAAUAAAGACAACUUCAGAUUGUUUUCUUUGUUUAAAAAUAGAACAAGCACAUUCUGAAAUUGUACAAAUCAUAAUGUUGUUGUGUUUUUUUUACAAUUACCUGUUGCGUUUAAUAGUAUAUAUACUUUAUUUGUCGUUAUUUAUAUUUUCUGAAUAAAUUACGCGAUAAUUUUCAGCAGUCAACUCAUUGGUGUUGAUUUUCAAUCUAUCAAGAUAAAAAAAUGAUAUCAAAAUCAAAUUACAGUAUGGUAUUUAUGUAGUUUGAUCAUUUUUCUCAACUGAUGUACUAACAUCAUGUGGUUUCUUUUGUACAUAAGUAGCAUAAUCUACAAAGAUACAAAUAAUUGCUAUUGUGACAUCCAGUGGACACAUUUAGAACAGCUGUUUAUUUCAUUAAAAAAUUUCAGGUUAGUUUUUAUACUUCGCAAACUCAUCCCGGGGGCCGGAUAAAAACUUUUCCCCGCUGUCGGGCCAUACGUUUGACACCACUGUUCUACAUUGUAAGAUAUGUUCUGUACAUUUAUCAAAGUGUUUGAGGUGGUUGAAUUACUCUUUUUUUUUUUUCUUUUUCUUUUUUUUUUUCCAGUCCAUGAAAAAUAAAUAAUUACAUUUUCUGAUUGUUGCCUCAUUUUUAAGCAUAUACCCACCAUGUCUCACUACUCGGGCUGUCGUGGCUUGGUUGGUAGAGCGGCCGUGCCAGCAACUUGAAGGUUCCAGGUUCAAUCCCCGCUUCCGCCAUCCUAAUCACUGCCGUUGUGUCCUUGGCCAAGACACUUCCCCCACCUGCUCCCAGUGCCACCCACACUGGUUUAAAUGUAACUUAGAUAAUGGGUUUCACU